CACGCCGAGCCACGCCGAGCCACGCCGCGCCGCGCAGAGCCGGAGGGACGGGGACGCGACGGGACGCCACCGGUGCUGCUGAGCUGGGCCGAGCCGCGCCGUGCCGCGCCGUGCCACGCCGAGCGGUGCCAUGGCCCCCUGGCUCUGGCCGUGCCUCCUGGCCGCCCAGGCCCUGGCCGCCAACUUCCCCCCCCGCUACAGCCUCUACACCGGGGGGGCCGCCCCGCUCAGCCCCGGCCAGGCCACGGCCCCCCAGGGCCCCGCCGCGGCCCACGGCGCUGCCCGGGCUGCCAGCCGGCACAGGAACUGGUGUGCCUACGUGGUGACGCGCAGCGUGAGCUGCGUGGUGGAGGACGGCGUCGAGAGCUUCGUCAAGCCCGAUUACCAGCCCUGCGCCUGGGGGCAGCUCCAGUGCCCCCGCGUCCUGGCGUACCGCAGCUUCCUGCGCCCGCGCUACAAGGUGGCCCAGAGGACGGUGUCGGAGCUGGCCUGGCGCUGCUGCCAGGGCUACUCGGGCGAGGACUGCGCCGAGGGCCCCGCGCCCGCGCCCCCGCAGCCCACCGCCCGCCCCCGGCCCCGGCCCGGACGCCCCACGCUCUCCGGCUUCGGCAACCCCCUCAGCGGCCUGGGGGGCGAAGGCGGCGGGGACGCGGAGAAGGUGCGUCGGCUGGAGGAGCAGGUCCGCCGGCUGAGCGAGGAGGUGCAGGAGCUGCGGGCCGGGCGGGAGCCGCCGGCGGAGCACCCACACCGGGCGGCCGAGGGCCAGCAGCCAGCCGACGCGGCCGCCCCCGCCGAGGUGCGGGAGGCGCUGAGCCAGGUCCAGCGGCGGCUGGAGGAGCUGGAGACCCGCCUGCGCCGGCCCGAGGGCGGCCGGGAGGGCCCGGUGACGGCGCCGUCGGCGGCGGCACUGCAGGAGCUGGAGCGGCGGCUGGAGGAGACGUGCGCGGCCUGCGCGGCCGGCACCGAGGGGCUGCGGCGGCAGGCGGCCGAGGACCGGGAGCGCAUGCGGGCGCUGGAGAAGCUGGUGGGCUCGGUGGACCAGCGCAACCGGGAGGCGGUGGAGACGGUGCAGCGGCACAUCAGCAGCCUGAGCAGCCGCCUGGCCCCCGCCGCCCCGCAGCCGCCGCCGGACGAGCUGGAGCGGCGCCUGGCCGAGCUGGAGCGGCGCCUGGAGGGGCUGCCCGCGGCGGCGGCGGGGCCCGGCGGGCAAGGGCUCGUGCUGGCCCGGCGGCUAACGGAGCUGGAGGGGCGGCUGAACGCCUCGCGGGCCGGGCCCUGGCCCCCAGAGCCCGAGGGCCGGCAGAGCGGGCUGCCGGGACGCCUGGCCAACCUGAGCCGCGCCGUGGAGGGGCUGGCGGCCAGCGGGGCCCAGCGCGGCGCCCGCUUGGCCCAACUGGAGGGGCUGCUGGCCCGCUGCGGCCAGCCCUGCCCCGCAGCCCCGCAGCCGACGGCGGGCGGCCGGGACGGGCGGGACGAGGAGCUCGUCCCCCUCCUGCGGCAGCUGGAGCGGCGGCUGCAGGACGCCGAGGGGCAGCUGGGGUCCGGCGGGGACGGGCUGGCCGGGAGCCUGCGGGAGCUGCGGGAGGAGGCGUCGGAGCUGCGGGAGCUGCUGGGGGCGCAGGGGGAGGCGCUGGGGCGGCUGCGGGACGGGGGGGCGCUGGCGGAGGAGGAGCUGGAGCAGCUCCGCAACCGGACGGGGCGGCUGGAGGCCGAGCUGGGGGGUCUGAGCGGCGGCCGCUGCUCCCAGCCCUGCGCCCCGCUGCCCGACGGGGAGCUGGAGCGGCUGCGGGCCCAGGUGGAGGACUGCGCCGCCGCCUGCCGCCAGCCCCGGCCCGGCCAGGCCGCGCCAGAGCCGGAGCUGGAGCUGGAGAUGAUGGAGACGGAGGAGCCGCCGCUGGACGGGUUCGGCGUCUUCGGCGGCAUCUCGCCCUGGGAGCUGCGGGGUCUGCGGGGCGAGCUGGCGGCGGCCCUGCUGUCCCUGAGCGGGCUGAACGCCACGGUGCAGGGGCUGCAGGACGCCCUGGACGAGCAGGACGCCCGCCAGCGUCACCUGGGCGCCAUCACCGACCGCGUGGUGGCCGAGCUGGACCAGGCGGCGGAGGCGGCGGCGGCGCGGCAGGCGGAGAGCGAGGAGCGGCUGGAGGGGCUGGCGCGGGAGCUGGCGCGGGCCGGGGGGUGCCCGGCCGGCCUGGAGCCGCGCGUGGCCAAGCUGGAGGGUGUCUGCGAGCAGCUGGAGGCGGUGGCCGGGGGGCUGCGCGGCGUGCGCGAGGGGCUGGGCCGGCACGUGGCCGGGCUGUGGGGCGCGGUGCGGGAGCUGAACGGCACGGCCCGCGACCAGGCGGCGCUGCUGGAGAAGGCGCUGCAGGCCCAGCUCCCGCGACGGCUCGGCGCCCUCAACGCCAGCCUGCAGCACCUGCGCGGCGAGCUGCUGCGCCUCGCCCAGCGGGAGCACGCCGGCCCCCCCGGCCCCCCUGGACCCCCUGGCCCCAUGGGCGAGAUGGGCCCCCCCGGCCCCGCCGGGCCCCCCGGCAAGGAUGGCGAAGAAGGGCCCAUGGGCCCCCCCGGGCUGCCAGGAGAGAGAGGCGAGGUGGGGGAGCCGGGGUCCGUGCCCCGCGUCGCCUUCUCGGCCGCCCUGAGCACCCAGCGCGCGGAGCCGGGCACCGUCCCCUUCGACCAGGUGCUGCUCAACGACGGCGGCGCCUACGACCCCGAGACGGGGACCUUCACGGCACCGGUGAGCGGCCGGUACCUGGUGAGCGCGGUGCUGACGGGGCACAAGGGGGAGAAGCUGGAGGCCGUGCUGUCCCGCUCCAACCAGGGCAUCGCCCGCCUGGACUCGGCGGGUUUCCAGCCCGAGGGGCUGGAGAAGGAGCCGGUGGCCGCCCUGCAGCCCAGCCCCGGGGCUCUCGGCGUCUUCAGCCUCCUGCUGCCGCUGGCGGCCGGCGAGACGCUCUGCGUGGACCUGGUCUCGGGGCGCCUGGCCCACGCGCCCGACGAGCCCCUCACCCUCUUCAGCGGGGCCCUGCUCUACGACGCCGAGGAGCCGUAGUGCCACCGGGGUCCCCUCGCCCCAGCGGGACCCCCCCACCCCACCCCGUUAUUUAUCAGCACCCCCUGGCCCUCACUGCCCCACCACCGCGCAACCGUGCCCCACACCGCCCGCCCCGGACCCCCACGCCGCCCCCGG